GGAAAAUCCACAAAUAUACUGAAUCUUUCCAGAAAAUCCAGAUUUACAUUUAUUAAACGUUUCUAGAAAAAAAAAAGGAGGAAAUAUUUUACUUUAUUUGGUUGCUGGCCCUAAGUAGAGCUGGCCACACUUCACAGGAAAGCUUCAGAAUGAUAAUAUAUAUGUUAGGAUAUGCUAGUAUACAACAUUAUAUGUAACACAUUAAAUAAGAUACCCCACUGUUGUGAGCACCUUACCAAAAAUCAGUAUCACAGAACUCAGCUAUUUGUAUUAAAUCUCGUAUGAAAUGAAAGAAAAAGUAAACUGUGGACAGCCCAAAAAUUUCUUUGCUUCAUUUAUUGGAUUUCCCCUCCACUGGUGCCAGAAGCUGACCUGGACCAGCAGCCAAGCACCCACACAGCCAAAUGCUCAGCCCCCCCUGCCCAGCGGGACUGAUGACAGAGAAGGGAGAUCAAAAAAAGCCAUGCAUCAAGAUAAGCAUAAUUUAAUAGGAGAAGGGGAAAACAACAAGAUCACAACCACAUCAAAUGAUGCAGAGCCAGUCACCCAUCACCUCCCACAAGCACAGUGACAAACAGCAAAUAUCAGAUUAGUGGCCGCCUUGAAAGAAGCCCACAUCCUUCCACCCUCCUUCAUCUAUACCCAGUUUUGAGUGCUAACCAUGAUAUGAGCUAUUCCUUUGUUCACUUGCAGGCAACUGCUCCAGCUCUGUCCCUUCCCAACUUCUAGCUUACACAAUGGGAACAGGGGUAAAGUGAAAAGUGGAGAAAGCCUUGACAUUGUGUAAGUAGUGUACAGGAAUAGACAAAUUAUUAGUGUGGUAUCAAUACUCUUUCAGCCAAAAUCAAAGGUACAGCACCACAUUGGCUGCUGUAAUGAAAGUUAAUUCCUUCCCAGCAAAGUCCAGUACAAUUGCUUAUGCAGUAGUGGUGAUUUUUUUCACCAAUUUAAGGUAAGACUUCCCCUUAAAAAACAGUUCAUAGUCCAAUAAUGACUUUCCAAAAGCUUUCCCUGCAGAUCUGCUCACACUUGGAUAUUGAUAGGAAAAGAACAAUACCAUGAACACAGGUCUAAGAAUUAGAUUAUCCAAGUUAUUCUCUUUUUUCUAACAUGCAGACAGUGCCAAUAAGAAAUGCACUGCCAUUACAGCAAUUGCCAAAAGUCUCACUGAAACAAACCAAAACCAGAGACCUUUUAAAAUGGCAUGAAAUAUGAGAGAUUUGUACUUUGGCAGCUCUAUUGAACAUCAGAUGUACAGUCCAUUUUGCAAUAAGGAAAGAGAGACAGUGUUUUGACGGAAAAUAAUGCCUGUAUUCCACAAUAGUGCCAACACCAAUUUAUUAUGGGGAAGAAGGAAGUGGAUUUUUCCUGUUGCAAGGACUGCCCAUCACGGGACACCACACUGUGUCAUGCAGCACAGUCACCGCUGAAGGAGACCUGCCCACUCUGGCCUCACCCAAGGUCCCUUGUGCCAGCCAGUCCUGAGUGACCGGCAUCAGGAGCGGUUCGUCCCUGGGCAGUCACAGGCGAAGAACAGCGGCACUUUUUGGCUGUGUGGUCUCAGCUUCCACAGGAAUUAAUUCCGUCACACAGGGUGCUGAGGAGGCCUUGAAGAGGGACUUUCCUUCAAGCUAAGCGUCUGGGACACUGGAGUCUCCUUCACACCGGGAGUUGCUACAAACGUUUGAUCGAAACACGGGAGAAAUGUUUGUGUGAAAUACAGCAGCAACAGUGAUACUGUGCCAUGGCAGGCCCCUUUGCUGCUCCAAAAGGAAACCCCCUCGGACUCCUUUCCUCGGUGAAGUACACACAAAGCACCAAAGAACUUCAAUAUUCCAGAAUGCACCAAUUCUCAAUUGGCAUACGCACCAAUAUGCACACAUUCGUUUUCUCCCUUUCCAGAAGCCGCAAUUGACACACUUCGAUCCUCAGUCCCCAGCAUGGUGCUGACCAAAGACACGUCCAUCCUCCACAGCCAGAUGCCCGCGAGGCGACCCGGGCGCUACAGGGAGCCCAAGCCGGGCUCCGGGGGAGACCCGGCACCCGGGGUCGCAGGGACAGCCCCGUCAGGCGGCACCGAGGGGCCCACGUCACGGGUCCCGAGCAGCCGUGCCGCGGGCUCCGCACCACACGGACGGCCCCUCGCCCGCGGAGAAGCGACGCCGGCGGGCCCGGGGGCUGCAGCGGUGCCCGGGCCUCUCUCCGGCCGAAAGAGGGGUCCGGGGGGACGGCGGCCGCGCCCCCUGGAGAGGAGGGAGCGCUCGCCCACACCGCGCUGAGGAAGUGGCCGCGGCUGCGAGCGAAAACGAGGAAGCGGCGGAUCCGGCGGCGCUAAGAGAAGGUCCGGCCCCGGUCCGGCCGCAGCCCGGCACGGCUCGGCACGCCAGAGCCGCCCGCCCGAGGGCUGCCUGCCGGAAGGAGGCGGCGGCGCGGAGCAGAGUGACCCCGAGGCAGCGAUACAGUAUUCUAGAUUUGCUGCUUGGAAAAGAAAAAACCAUGGCUUCCAACACAUCAAACCCUGCUAACCAUUUGCCAUACUUCUUUGGUAAUAUCACACGUGAAGAUGCUGAGGAGUAUCUGAUGCAGGGAGGAGCAAGUGAUGGACUAUACUUGCUCCGCCAAAGCCGGAAUUACCUGGGGGGCUUUGCCCUGUCCUUGGCUCAUGGAAGGAAGGUUCACCACUAUACAAUUGAGAGGGAGCUGAGUGGCUCCUAUGCUAUUGCAGGAGGCAGGUCACAUGCCAGUCCUGCUGAACUCAUUAACUAUCACUCAGGGGAAGCAGAUGGCCUUAUCUGUCUACUGAGAAAACCUUUCAACCGGCCACCAGGUGUUGAACCCAAAACAGGACCCUUUGAAGAUUUGAAAGAGAACCUCAUCAGAGAGUAUGUUAAGCAGACUUGGAAUUUGCAGGGACAUGCUCUUGAACAAGCUAUCAUUAGUCAGAAGCCUCAGCUGGAGAAGCUGAUUGCCACUACAGCCCAUGAGAAGAUGCCGUGGUUCCAUGGGAGGAUCUCUCGGGAGGAGUCAGAACACCGUAUCCUCAUUGGGUCAAGAAACAAUGGAAAAUUUCUUAUCCGAGAAAGGGACAGCAAUGGUUCCUAUGCCCUGUGCCUACUGAAUGAUGGAAAAGUACUUCACUAUCGUAUUGACAGAGAUAAGACAGGAAAGCUCUCCAUACCAGAUGGAAAAAGAUUUGACACCCUAUGGCAGUUAGUUGAGCAUUAUUCAUACAAACCAGAUGGAUUAUUAAGGGUUCUUACCAUUCCUUGUCCACAACAUGGCUCAGAAAAUGAUAAUCUUGGUUUUAAUACUCAUCCUUCUUCUGGAUCACUUCCUAAGAGUUGGGCAGGAGGUGGAAUUAUCUCAAGACUCAAAUCGUACACCUUCCCAAAGCCUGGCAGCAAAAAGCUUCAGUCAACUAUUGGCCACCCAUCAGAAGAAGCACCUUUUAAUCCAUAUGUGCUGCAAAGGAACAGAGGUCUUACAGGAGCAGAAAGAGGUGAUCAGAGAGAGGCAUUACCCAUGGAUACUGAGGUCUAUGAAAGUCCAUAUGCCGAUCCAGAUGAAAUUAAACCAAAAAAUGUCACUCUUGACAGGAAAUUGUUGACUUUGGAGGAAGGUGAACUUGGCUCUGGCAACUUUGGUACUGUAAAAAAAGGGUUCUAUAAGAUGAAAAAGGGUGCCAAGCCUGUGGCUGUAAAAAUUCUGAAGAAUGAGAGUAAUGAUCCAGCCAUAAAGGAUGAGUUACUGAGAGAAGCAAAUGUAAUGCAGCAACUGGAUAACCCAUAUAUUGUCCGAAUGAUAGGUAUAUGUGAAGCUGAGGCCUGGAUGUUAGUAAUGGAAAUGGCUGAACUUGGGCCAUUGAACAAAUUUUUGCAAAAAAAUAGACAUGUCACAGAGAAGAAUAUAACAGAGCUGGUGCAUCAGGUUUCCAUGGGGAUGAAAUACCUGGAGGAGAAUAAUUUUGUUCAUAGGGAUCUGGCUGCAAGAAAUGUGCUCUUAGUCACUCAACAUUAUGCCAAAAUUAGUGACUUUGGACUUUCUAAAGCUCUUAGUGCUGAUGAAAAUUAUUACAAGGCACAAAGUCAUGGAAAAUGGCCAGUCAAAUGGUAUGCUCCAGAAUGCAUGAAUUUCUACAAAUUUUCUAGCAAAAGUGAUGUCUGGAGCUUUGGGGUUUUAAUGUGGGAAGCUUUCUCUUAUGGACAAAAACCAUAUAAGGGAAUGAAAGGUGGUGAAGUUGCACAGAUGAUUGAAAGAGGAGAACGAAUGGAACGUCCUGAAGUCUGCCCAACAGAAGUCUACAGUCUAAUGAAAUUGUGCUGGACAUACAACGUUGAUGACCGACCAGGAUUUGUUGCAGUCGAGAUGAGAUUACGUAACUACUACUAUGACAUUUCCCACUAACAGCGUGGAGAGCAGCAGCUUCCUCGUCUCCAGCCAACACCCUCUGAGAAGCAACACAUUUUCCAAAACCAAACAACCUCAAUUUUUGUACUUCCAUUUUCAACCUGCAAAGCUCAGAGCUGAGCCUUGUGUCUGUAAGGUUGCCUUCUCUUACCUUUUGCACAAAAUCCAGCCCCAAAAGAGUUUUGGAAGUGUAACAGUCUCAAAGUGUGCAGCAAGGAUGUUAGAUAACAUGCUUGUACUUUUGCUACAUUCCAUUUCAUUUUAUUUACAGCUUUUAUUUGCAUUACAUUUUUCAGUCCUGUAAAACCUAUUUAAUGACUUUGAGCCCUCUUCCUCUCCUACACUCAAAUGCAGAUUGGAAUUUAAAUUCUUCUCAUCAACAUUAUUAGCCUUUAAAUGUAUUUAGUUGUUCCAGCCUUCCUUUCCUUGAAGAAGAAUAGCAUAAACAUUUCUCACUAUGAAGCAAAUUCACUGUGCAAGUAUGUCAGAUGCUUUGACUGACAGUGUGUUUGAUUUUAUCACCGAGCCCCUUUAAACCAAAUCACAUUAUUCCUAGCAGUAAAGUAGGCAGAGGGGAAUCGGGAGUUCUGACUUUCUAACAUCAUUGCACUUUUUAAAUGUGACCAUUUUCUUUUGUUCCUCAUCUCUUCUUUUGUUCCUCAGCCCAGCUGUUCCUCAGGGAGUUAUUUUUUUUCCUAGUAAAAACUGGAAACUCAGAGGCUUGAUUUCAUCUUGGAAGAAAAUAUCCCAGCACCUAAGAUGAUUCUAUAUUUUAAAGUAAACUCCAACACUGCAUUCCAGAAAAUACACCUGUGAUGGAGCAGCACUUACCUUUCUCUGUGCUCUUCCAUCAUUCUCCAGACACAUCUUUUCUAUCUAUCUAUUUGGGUAUACCAUAACUCCUUGUGUUGUCUUUUGAGCAGCAAUCAUUUCUAUCUUUUCUUAAAACCUUUCUUUAAAAAGCAUGUGAGAAUUUCACCACACCUUACGGCCUCUAAAGUUAAAUUUCAUGUCUAGUUCAUCUAUUUUAUAAUGGGCAAAUGGACAACAAGAUUACCAGUUCCAAAAUCUUAGUAUUUGUCCUGUAGGACAAAUCUCAGUGGACAUCUCAGGAAAAGGAAUUUGUCUUAUCACUCUUCUGUAAUGUAGUGUGCGUCUCCAUUAUAUUGGAAGUAUAGCAGAGUAAUAACAAAUUAUGUAAUCAUUUCUGAUUCUGUUUUUACCUUUAUGCUUUGCUUUCUAAAACUCAUUUUAAAUAUUAUCAAUAGCAACAUUUCUAUCACUUAUUAUUUACAAGCAUCUAUUUUAUUGUCAUUUGCAUAUAUCUCAGGAAUCUACUUACAUUUUGUCUGCUAGAUAUAGAGAUUUUAGAAGAAUAUGAAGAAUAAGAUUUAGAGUUAGAUAUAUUUAUUGCAUAUGGCUGGUUAGAUUAUACAUGUUUAAUUUUUGUGUGAACAGAGUAUUCUUAGAGAUAAAAUGGUAUUUUUUUCUCUAGUAAUUAAAUUGUAUGAGCAAUUAAACUGAGAAAGGGUGAAAUAAUUGUCAUCAAAGACAGGAUCUAUAAACAAAUGUAGAAGCUACUGGUAUUUUUUUUUCUUUUUACUAAGUUUAAGGUCUAUUUGUUAAAUAAUAUCUGGUGCCUUUUAGUAGUUUAGUCUUGGCUGUCCAGUGCAAGGCACCACAGGCUACUGGAAGAUACUGAGUGUAAUAGACUGCGUUUCAAAUGUGAUCAAAUGUGACUUACCUUAAAGAUGAUUUAAUUUUGUUUUGUUUUUAGGUUUUCCUACAGACCAGCUUCUGUAGAAGUUAGCCAUAGUUAUACAUAGCUUUUGUCACUUUAGUUAUGUUGCAGAGAAUUUGUUAUCUCUACAUGUGCAAUUAGUACAAUUAUGGGGAUAUUAGCUAUAAACAAAUUGCACACAUCUCUAUGAACCAGCAAGUGACAGUAUUCAAUUUUCCAGAAUGAGAGAUACGUUUAUCUCUAUCUCUCAUUCUUUUUAAAAGUGAUGUCUGAUACAACCUGGAGGAUUAUUUCUUCUCUUCUGAGUGAAUGUCAACAUCACUUUCUGGAGUUACUUGAUUAUUUUCAACUUCACUAUUACAUAAUAAAAGUUUACAAUGAGAAUAUAAAGUAUCGUGAAAUAAAAGAAUUAGGUUUUAACAUUUUAAUUAAAGAUACUUUUAUAAAAUAUGCUGUCUUAACAAGAAUCCUUUCAUAAUUACAUGCUUUGUAAAAAAUCCUGAUGCUGUGUGUAUAUGUACUGAGUUACUGUGAUUGUUGUGAAAGACUGAGAUUUACCUACUGACAAUGAAAGAUACCCACCAGGACAGAUAAGGCCACUGAAGCCUGGGCUUCAGGAAUAGCAGGAAAUUCCCAAAAUAUGCACAUUGUUAUUGCACCUAAGUCUUUUUUAAGGGAUUUACAACAAUACUGUGCUGAAUCUGGAAGGUUAGAGAUGCGAGGAGUCAGUGCAGUAUAUCAGCUAGCCAAGAAUUUCUGUCUUACAGAUGUCAGCUAUGCCAGAUUUAAGUCACAUUAUAUGACAUGGAGCCUCCCUGAGAUGCAGAUAUAUUCUAAAAUAAUAACAGCAAAUCUUAGUCUUUCAUUUAGCUUUUUUUUGCAUGCUCAGGUUCUCAGG